GCAGGUUCGAAUUUUUUUGGAGAAAAUAAUUUUAGAAUCGUCAUACUUCAAACAGUGAUGCACAAUAUCUACAAUGUCUAGCGCAAUAAGAAAGAACAAGAGAAUUCUCCCAGGAGUUCCUGGCAAGACAAACUUAGAAAAUAUUCACUCCCCGUCAGUGAAUAAACCACGUGUCAAGUUCAAUGAGGAGGUAAUUGAGACGUCAUUUGGGGGCACCCAGACCCCAACAAGAAUCAAACCAGGGGCUCCUUUACAACAAAAAUUACAGGAUAUCUCGGAAAAUAUACCAGAUAACGACAAUGAAGAUAUCGAAGACAGACGAAGUGUCUCAGAAAUUGUGUCCAUAUUUGGCCAAACAAAACUGAAUAAAGAGAGAAAUGAAAGAGAUGUAACAUUAGUUAAAAAGCUGAACUCAGAUAUUACAAAUGACUCUUCGACUCCAAAAACCAAAACAGCAUCCAGGCACUCUAUACCAGCUACAAUGAAAACUCCAAGUAAAACUCCAACCAAGAGGUUAACUUGGGAGAAAAUGGGCACUGGUACACCCGAAUGUUUCAACCAAGUACAAUUUGAGACACCACUUGCAUUGGGUGGCUCUGUUAAAUCGAAGCGUGGCAGUUCAUGCAUGGUAGAUGACUAUGACGGAGAAGAUAGCUGCAGCAUCACUGUUGCAGUUAGAGUGAGACCAUUCAAUGCCAGGGAACAGAUGGAUCCUGCAAUUAAGUGUGUUGUUUCAAUGGAUGGCAACCAAACAACAGUAACAGCUGAGAAUGGCUCUAACCAUCACUUUGCAUAUGACUACUCCUUCUGGUCCUUUAACCCUAUUAAUGGGGACUUUGCCUCCCAAGAUCAUGUGUACUCCUCCUUGGCUGAGCCACUUCUGGGAAAGGUCUAUGAGGGCUACAACACCUGCUUGUUUGCAUAUGGCCAGACUGGUAGUGGGAAAUCAUAUACUAUAAUGGGACAUGGCGAAGAGGUUGGAAUCAUUCCUCGCUUCAGUGAGGAUCUCUUUAUUAGAAAAGAAUCCAUGGAAGAUGAAAAUUUGAAGAUUAAUGUUGAAAUCAGCUUCUUUGAGAUCUACAAUGAGAAGAUACAUGACCUCCUGGGCUCAUCUAAAGACAAGACUGGAAGGAAAACAAAUCUGAAGGUACGUGAGCACCCUGCCCUAGGACCAUAUGUAGAAGGUCUCUCAACCUACGUUGUGGACUCCUUUGAAGACAUACAGAGCUGGAUCAGCCUUGGGAACAGACAGAGGGCCACUGCUUCCACUGGGAUGAAUGACAAGAGCAGCAGAUCUCACUCUGUAUUCACCAUUGUCAUGACUCAAACACGGACUGAGACUUUAGAAGGAGAUGAACAUGAACAUUCAAUUACAAGUAAAGUGAAUCUGGUUGAUUUGGCUGGGAGUGAGAGACAGGCCUCUGCUGGAACAACAGGGGACAGGCUCAGGGAAGGUGCAAGUAUAAACAAAUCUCUGAUGACAUUGGGUAAAGUGAUCUCUCUCCUUGCUGAAAGAUCUACAAUGAGCAACAAGAAAAAGAAAAUAUUCAUUCCUUACAGGGACUCUGUCUUAACAUGGCUGUUGAAAGAAAGUCUAGGUGGCAACUCCAAGACUGCUAUGAUUGCUACAAUUAGUCCCUCUAAUACCCACAUGGAGGAGUCACUAAGCACAUUACGUUAUGCAAAGCAAGCGAGAACCAUCGUUAACCAAGUACAUGUGAAUGAAGACCCUAAAGCAAGGAUUAUCAGAGAGCUUAGAGCAGAGAUAGAUAAGCUAAGGGGAAUGACUGGAACAGUGGGAGAUGAUGACCUCCACAUGGCUAGUUUAGCAGAGAUUAACACACUAAAAGACAAGUUAGCACUGAAAGAACACGAGAUGCUAGAAGCAACAAGGACUUGGCAGGAGAGGAUAAAACAAGCAGAAAAUAGAAAGAAAGAAGAAGUUCAACAUUUGGAGAAAUCUGGAAUCUCGUUCAAGAUCGACAACAGACUACCAAGCCUUGUGAAUCUCAAUGAGGACCCGCAGUUGUCUGAGAUGUUACUUUAUAUCCUAAAAGAGGGCACCACUAGGGUGGGCAGACUAGCGGAUAUGUCCAGUCAUGAUAUACAGUUGAAUGGUGCACUUAUUGCAAAUGAUCAUUGCAAGUUUGAUUACACAGAAAAGGUGGUCAUGAUCAGUCCCAUUAAAGAUGCCCCAUGUUAUGUUAAUGGGGACAGCAUAUUCAAGAAGACCACUCUACAUCAUGGAGACAGAGUUAUAUUAGGAGGAGACCAUUACUUCAGACUAAACCAUCCAUCUGAAGUUGAUAAAGGUCGCAAAUCAAGCACCCAGUUGCAAGUGAAAGACUUUGAAUUCGCCAGACAGGAGCUCCUCAGAGUCCAGAAUGCAAAGCUUCAAGAAGAGCUUGAUCAAGCAAGGAAGGAAGCUGAAGAGGAACUUAAUAAAGAACUGGAGAAGUCUCGUCAAAAGGCAGCUCUUGAGUUGAGUAUGCAGAGACAUACAUAUGAGGAUAGGCUCUCUGAAUUACAGCAGAUGUUGCAAAAGAAAAGUAGUGAUGAAGAGAGACUGAUAGAAGAUAUAAAGAAAGAGGCAGAAGACAAAGCAAGCAAGCUUACUCAGCAAAACCAAAUGCUUGAACAGGAAGUGGAGGCAAACAGAAAGAGGUUGGAGUUGGAAGCUAAAGCAAUGAGCAGAAUGGCCCAGAAGACUCCACAGAUUGAUCAUUCUAAGAUAGUAGAACAACUGAGGAAGGAGAAGGAGAAGAUGGAUAUGGAGGUAAAACGUCAAAAGGAAUAUCGCCAAAAGCUGAGUGGAACUGUUGCCUCCCCCUCGGUUGUCACUCCCAGGAAAACUGACCCAGGGAAGACACAGCUCUAUAGGAUGAUGCUUUAUCUGAGAGAGGCAAACAAGAUUAGCCAGAUUAUGGAAAAAGAUGUGGUUUUCAGCAGAGAGGAUUUGAAAGAUGGAGAACAGGCUUAUAUUAAAGUGACAAACUCUAAGUUGGGAAUUUCAACAUACUGGAGCAUUGAGAAGUUUGAAGAUAGAUUGGUGCAGAUGAGGGAAUUCUUUCAGGAUGAAAGUGACGCUGCACAUGAGAAUAUCUUCUAUGAUCCCAAUGAUGUCUGGGAGCAAGAGGAUCGCAUAAAAUCACCAGAGAAAUCUCCACGGAUCUUGGAGAGUGCUAAUGGUAAAUACAGAAGGAGAUCUGCCUUGGACACUGUUCGCCAGAAUAUGACAUCUAUAUCUUCAACCUCCUCCACACCCAGAAUUAAAUCAGUUACCAGUAUAUCAAGUCUAUGUAGUAAUGGCAGUUUGAACCUCACAGGAGAUAUCAUCCAGUCUUCAGUCCCUACAUUCAGUCUAUGCAAAGACUUCAUCUGUAUUGCCUUGGACAGGUUCAAAGAUGAAACAUGCAGUGAGAGUUUGGCAGACAAGAUGCUAUAUGACUGUGAGUGUAUGAGGAUGGGCGCAGCAUCAAUACUUGCGGGUUUCAAACAAGUUAACAAUAAAACAAUGGAUAAAAAUAAGUUCAUGGAGAGUGAGAUUGUUCAAGUGAGUUGUGUUCAGAUCUCCACAUCUCUAGAACUGCUCAUCUCGCAUGCCUCCCUCUGGGCAAACAUGUAUGAGAAUGUCACCUCCAGCCUCAUCAGGGAGCUUGUGAAGGCUGUCAUCAUGGGCGUCAAGAAACUGGGCAACCAUCUGAUGCUCUUCUUACAGGGCUGCGAGAAUGACAUUGAUGCCAUGGUAACAGAGUCAGGUACACGUGUACUUGAAACCAUUCAUGCUAUAUGCAAGCACUGUGGAGAACUUGCCCUGGCCACUGAUAGCAACAUGACCACAUUGAAAGAUAUUGGACACAUUGAUGCUGAAGGAAAUGAAGAUAAAGUCAUCCCAAAGAUUGGUCAUGACAUCAGACAAGCCUUCCUCACAGGGGUCGAUAUUUAUGUUGAUAAGACCCUGCAAGGAGGGAGGAAGAACUUGGAGGAAUGUGAGAGUAAAGUAGAAGGAUUCUCAGAAAACCUCCAGUCAGAAUCUACUGUUCAUAAAUCGAUUGUAAAGCAUGCUGAAAUCAUCGUCUUGACAACCAAGAUACUCGUGAUCAAAUGUCAGAGCGUACAAACGGAACUAGAUGAAACAUUGAAUGAUUCGCUGACUUAUUGCACUGAGAAUUUCUACCAGAUCAACUACCAGAGAUCGCAGGGAAUCAUCAAAUACGUCAGUGAUCUGGCUGACGGAGUUGCGCUACUAUUACAAGCAGCUGAACCAGUCAUCCGAGGUGAAGAAACAGACUUGAGGAGGAUUUGUCGCUGCUCAGAACUCAUUCACAAAUCAACCUCUAAAUUAAUGGCAAUAUCCAACCCCAAAGUGACAUCACAUGGCAGUCCAGACAGCCAAUCAGAUCCUUCAGAUUCUUCAAUCCUGAGAGAAGCCCAAUCACGUCAGUUGGAUGCAGCCGCACAAGAUGUGAAACUUGCGACAAAAACAUUGAACAGUGUCAUGAAGAAACAUGGAGGUGGCGAUGCAACAUCUAGCAAUACCCAGAAUUCCAAAAGUAAAAGACUACUUCCUGCAUCGCCAGAAAAAUCGCUGAAAGCUCUGCCGAAAUUGGCGGUGAAUAAAACUGUAACUAAACACGUCACAUUACAACAGAAUGGGGAAACAACUUAAGUGGCUGGUCCACUAUGAAUGAAUUCUCACAAAAGGAAACAAUGAACUAUGUUAUUUAAUAAAUGUUAGUUCUUUAAUGUUAUACUAGUUAAUGCUUGUGCAUAUACCAUGAACUGCAAUGGGUGAUAUGGGAUGUAAUAUACACUAUAUGGUACUAUAUAUAUACU